ACGCGCCAGUUCCCGCCAAAACCUCCUGUCAAACAGUGUUGCCACUCUAAAAAAUUUCUCUUUAGAAAAAAUGAGUGCACUCUUCCUCCUAGCACUAUGCGCCCUUUUUGUGUAUAAACUAUUUUCGCGACGCUCUGUGUCGUGGAAAAAGGUUUCAAAAUAUGGGGAGGGGGAUGUUUUAAAUUUAAAACACGCCCCCGGUCCCAUUGCCUUGCCUGUUAUAGGCAGUAUGCAUUUGUUGGGCAAAAAUGAAUCCCCCUUUCAAUCGUUUACCGAAUUAUCUAAAACUUAUGGGGACAUUUAUAGUAUUAAACUGGGCACCGCAGAAUGCUUGGUGGUAAAUAAUUUAGAACUCAUCAGGGAGGUUUUGAAUCAGAACGGAAAAUUUUUUGGCGGUCGACCCGAUUUUUUGAGAUUCCACAAACUGUUUGCCGGCGACAGGAAUAAUUCCUUAGCUCUGUGCGAUUGGUCAAAUCUACAACUGCGGAGACGCAACCUGGCCAGACGACACUGCGGUCCCAAGCAGCACACUGACAACUUCAGCAAAAUCGGCUCCGUAGCUACCUUCGAGGCAGUGGAGCUGAUGGACACUUUGAGGAACAUCACCAGAUCAACCACCGGCAGCAUCAACUUGAAGCCUUUACUCAUGUCGACAGCAAUGAACAUGUUCACCAACUAUAUGUGCAAUGUCCGUUUUGACGCCGAAAACGACGCUGAAUUCCGCAAAGUGGUUGACCAUUUCGAUGAGAUAUUCUGGGAGAUCAACCAGGGCUACGCAGUCGACUUCCUGCCGUGGCUGGCGCCGUUUUACAAGAAGCAUAUGGACAAGUUGUCCAACUGGUCGCAGGAUAUUCGAUCUUUCAUCCUGUCGAGAAUUGUUGAGCAGCGAGAAACCAACCUAGAUAUGGAAGGUCCGGAGAAAGAUUUUCUAGAUGGGCUGUUGCGAGUUUUACAUGACGAUCCGACUGUUGAUAGAAACACUAUAAUUUUCAUGCUCGAAGACUUCUUGGGCGGACAUUCAUCUGUCGGUAACUUGGUCAUGCUUUGUUUGACAGCUGUGGCAAGAGAUCCCGAAGUGGGGAAGAAGAUCAGAGCAGAAAUCGAUGCUACCACCAAAGGUAAACGCGCUGUAACAUUAACUGAUAGAAUGGCCAUGCCUUUUACAGAAGCGACAAUUUUGGAAUGUUUAAGAUACGCCUCCUCGCCCAUCGUUCCUCACGUCGCUACAGAAAACGCCAACGUAGCUGGAUACGGAGUCGAAAAAGGCACUAUCGUUUUUAUAAACAACUACGAAUUGAACACUUCUCCCGCCUAUUGGAAUAAUCCAGAGAAAUUCGAUCCAACGAGGUUUUUAGAACGCACUAAAGUGAGGGCACGCAGAAAUUCUCAAUGCGACUCCGGGUUAGAAUCUGACGGUGAAAGAUCUAGGCCAGUUAACAGAGUGACAGAAACUGAGAAAGAGGUAGUGUCUGUCAAGAAGAAUAUCCCCCAUUUCUUGCCAUUCAGCAUUGGUAAACGUACAUGCAUCGGUCAAACUUUGGUCACAACAAUGAGUUUUGUCAUGUUUGCAAACAUUAUCCAGGAGUAUGAUAUAGGUGCUGUAAAUUUAGAGGAUUUAAGACAAAAACCUGCUUGCGUGGCUCUUCCCAAAGACACAUACAACUUGUAUCUAUUGCCUAGGAAACACUGAACUGAACUCGACUUUAUAUAAUAAAAUGCUCUGAAAUUAUUCUUCCUCCUGUGUUAUAUAUUGAUAAUGCACGAUAAUCUCGUGCAAGUUUAUGCACUAAUAUGUUAUAAUUACAAUUAGUACUAGUGACAUCAUAUAUUUGAGAAAAAUACUUUGUCAAAAUUACACAACAUGUGUAACUUUUACAAAGGAGAUCAUUCAUUUUGGGCCCUUUUUGAAAGUGCCGGCCAACUAAAAAAAAUGGCACGAAUCGUUAGAACUAGUCAUUUGAAGUAAUAGCUAAUGGCAUGAAAGUUGUAGGAGGGCUCUGAACCAAGUUAUACUAUAUUUCUAUUAUUUAUAAAAAUCGACAACAUGUAUGGAAAUAACGAAUCAUCGAACCUGUAUAAUUUGGUUCAGAGCCACCUGACAACUUUUAUGCCAUAUUAACUAUUGCUCCAAAUGGCUAAUUCUUACGAGUCGUGCAAUUUGUUUUUGUUGGCCGGCACUUUCAAAAAGAGCCCAGAAAUGUAUGGAGCGUGAAUGAUCUCCUUUUACAACAACAUUUUCCAUUUAAUAAAUUUAUUUAUUUGGAAGCAGGAUAAGUUCAGAGACUCGCUCAAGGCUAUUUAUGUUUCUUUUUAAAGGUUUCUAAUUUAUUUCUCACAUAUUUUGAUGACCAAGUGACAUUAAUGUAAGAAGGGAUUCACCUGAAUACAUAUGAAGUAAAUCUAAAUAAAACAUUCUAUGAUUCAGAUUAUAAAAAAGUUUUUCUGCAUCUAUCAAGGCAGACUAUAUCAUAAACCUGUAGAUUUAUAAAUUCUUAGCUGUUUGAAAAUUUUUUGCAGCAUAAACAGAGAAAAAGUUGUUUCUUUUGGCUUCAGUGUUAUUAAAACUAUAUAAUUUUUGCUAUUUACAAUUUUUUAACGAUAUUAAUUAAAAAAAAAUAAUGCAAAUUACAGUCGGUACAGAAGUCAUGUAAGAUACCGCAAAGUAGUUAUAAGAACACUUAUAUUUAAAAAAAAUAUUUUAUUAAUUUGAUUGAUGAAAAACGACUGGCUUUUAAUUUGGAUUUCUGCUUAUUGUGUAUGGAUUUGUGUGUAUGAAUGGUAAAAUUAUAUUAUGUAGUUGUAAUUAUUAUAGUCUUGUCAAUUUUUUAUAUACAUAACACUACAUUUACAAAAUUUGUACAAAUUACACAAAAAUUGGAAAUAUCUACAAAUGUUGUAUUCAAUUUGUAUUAAUUACACAACAUUUGAAAAAUUAUCGAAAUAAUUGCCGUAAAUAUAAAAAAAAACAGUUCAAAAAAUUUUGGUGUAGACAGGAGAAACUAUAUAUAACGUAGUAAGUGUUAUGUAUAAAUAAAUUAGAAUUUUAAAUGAUUUAUUAUCUUUCGCUAUUUAUUACAAAUACCAAAUUUAAUAUAAAUAACCAAAUAAUAAAAAAAAUAAAAACACCGAGUAGACUUUAACGCAUUUAUGUAAGAAGUGAUUUAUUUUUUGUAGGAAAUUCUUAGAAAUGUAAAACACUUAAAGUAAAAACAGUUUGUAUGUAUGCUAAUCUGUGAGUUGUUAUUUUAUACAUAUACAGGGUGCUCAGGAAUAUUUCCCAUAACUCUAGGAUUAUAUUCUUUAUGGAAAAUUAAUUAAAAAUGUCUAAAGAACAAAUGUUCUAAAAUGAAUAUUUUCGGAGUAAAAAAUAUUUCUUUUGUAAAUUGAUCUUAAAUUGUGUCCCUUACAAUAUACCUAGCCAAACUUAUCCAUUGAUUAAUAUCAUGAAGUAGCUUACUAGUGAAGUGCGGAGCCAGUUGCAAUAUCUCAUCGAUAUCGACAGUCACCACUACGAUUACGUAUUUUAAAAUGCAAGGAGGGAAUACUAAUAUUAUAAAGCUGAAGAGUUUGUUUUUUUGUUUGAACGCGCUAAUCUCAGUAACUACAGGUCCGAUUUGAAAAAUUCUUUCAGUGUUAGAUAGCCCAUUUAUCGAGGAAGGCUAUAGGCUAUAUAUUAUCCCCGUAUUCCUACGGGAACGGGUACCACGCGGGUGAAACCGCGCGGCGUCAGCUAGUUUUAAAUAAAGGCGUAUGUUACGUGGAUAGUCGGAUUGAUUUGCUUUGUAUGAAAACAUAAAACAGUUUUUUUAAUUGAAAUUAAAUAGUUUGGCUUCUAUAAGUGGACUUGUAAUCUUGAAGUUAUGGUAAAUACUUCGCAACACCCUGUAUAUGUAUUUCUAUAGAAUAACUACAUAAGUGAGUACGAACCGCGCGAGGGGCUCAAAACGGUAUUUCUCUCAAAACCAGUGUCUGUAGCCAUGUGACACGUCGAUUCUCUUUCUACAAACGCUAACGCUUCGAAAAUUAAAAAGAUAUGGGAAUCGUCGUUUCUAAUUCGAAUCUUCUAUCAGUUCAUAAUGAUAUACGACUGCUGUUCCCCUGUCUUUCCCCUCUGUCGUCAAAUCUCGCAUGAGCACGAGUUCAGUUAUGUAGUUUGCCUAUAAGUUUAGUUAAAUUAGGACAGUCACAUUUAACCAAAUAUUUAUUUUUUUAAGCAAAUCCAGUAAGAAUAAUAUAUGUAUUACUUUUUUUAUUUUCUUUCGUUUCUUUAUAAAAUAUCUGUGCUUAUGUAAUAAUUUAUAUUUGUUUCCAAAAUUUUUUAUUGUUAUUUUUGUGCUUUUCAAGUAAAAUACAAGAGUAUGGUAUCACUUUAGAAGUUUGUUUGAACAAUAUAUUAUUUUAUAUUGAUGUGUGCCUUAUAUAUUUAAAUUGUUAACAAAAAUAUACAUCAGCUUAUUAUAAUUGUCCUAAAAUAUGUAUAUAGUUUAGUAAAAGGGGAAAUUUAACGCAUAAUUUGUAAUACUAUAUAAAUAUAUAUUUUACGUACGGUUGCACUGGAUGUCUUUACAAAAACGAUUUUUCCUUGCUCAUUUGGCGGUGUAAAAGAAACUUUUCCGCCCGAGUGAGUAUAAUAUUUAGCGCUAUCCGCGACCCACUUUCAAUAUUUUAUUUUUUGUAUUUCGUAUUUUGGUUUAUAUAUAUUUUUAAUAUUUAAAGUAAUGUUUGUGAUAAUGUUUACUGUAUGAAAUAUUAUAUAUAGUCGUUUCGUAUUUUGUAGAUAUAAUAUAUAGUGAUAUGACGAUGUAAUGUGUAGUGAUGAUAAUGAAAAAAUAUAUUAUAGCUUGCAUUUUCAAA